AGUGCUUUCCUCGUGCUAGUCUGAAGAAGAACGUUGCGCGGUUCGGAAACCAUUAUUGUGUCGGCUCGUCUCUCGCGUGUGCGGCAUCGUUUUACUGAAAGGAAUAAUUUCAAUAUUGUGUAUAGGUACUCCUUUUGAAGAGAACAGCGUCUCAUCCGCGCACUAUUGGAACAUCAUUUAGAAAAGCGAUAUUUUUCAUCAAUAGUAGGCUGGAAGAAAAAUCAACGCCAACUGAACAGAGUGUUUAACAUAUUGGUGUUCUGUUGACACACAGUGCUCUAUGAAGAGUGGGUUCCUUGGAUCAGUGUGAUUUGGCAUCAGAGCGCGGUGCUGCUCCAGUGCUCAACAACGUGCUCGUGCAUAAUUUGCAGUAGGCUGGGAUAAAAAGCCAACAAAGUAACCGGUGAAAGGAAGCAACAAGCUGUGGGAAUAUCGUAUUUAUACAGUGGAAAUUAAUUACCUCGUUUGCUGGGUAUACAACUCAGUUUUCGCCAGUGUUGAAUACAAAGGAAUUUUUGCAAACUGGAAGUUUUGGUGCUAAUCUAUAUUGUUUGAAGAGAUUGUGUCAAAAGGAUAAGAAGAAAACAAAAGUGACCGAAGAAACGCACAACUUUUCUAUCAUGAUCUGAUAAACCACCCAAAAGAGAAGAGCUCCUGGGAGAGUGCAACAGUGAUUGAUUAGUGAUGAUCGCUGCAUAAAACAAAUGCUGCAAUGUUGCCGCGAAUCAAGAAUAAAUUCUAAUUUGUUUCACGUGUCAUUCUGGGUGAUACAACCAGUGCAGAUGAGCGGUUUAACUCACCGGUGAAGAUAAUUUUUUUUAGUAUUUCCACUUCCUGAUAUAGUACUUGUAUCAGCUAUAACGGCUGAGCCAAAUUGACAACUAUAUAGCAAAACAUUUGCUCAUCCUGCUCCAUCUCCAAGUAUCUCUCCCGUGAGAUCAAUCAACGUGCCAAGCACAAUGAAUAGGAUAUACAUUUUAUCUAUCCUAUGGCUGUCAUCAACGCUCCUAAUCAGUCAGAUCGAAGGCUCCGGGCUGUUUGAGCUGAAGCUGAAGUACUUCAAGAACGAACGAGGGGUGGAUAACGAGGGCGCCUGCUGUUCGGGUCGUUCUGAUUCCAAAGGCAACUGUAUCGGAGCGUGCAAGACGCGGUUUCGUGCGUGUCUGAAGCACUACCAGGUCACAAUUGACACCUCAUCGCCGUGCACGUUUGGCGAUGUCAUAACGCCCGUACUCGAGGGAAAUUCGUUGAACCUGACCGAGAGGAGCAAGCAAGAAGGAUUCGAAAAUCCGAUACGGUUUCCGUUCGAGUUUGGAUGGCCGGGUACCUUCACAUUGAUUGUGGAAGCAUGGCUUGACACGAAUGAAACUACCUCACGAUCACCAGGCAUUUUGAUAUCACGCUUUUCCAACCAACGAGUGCUGGACGUAUCUCCCGAGUGGACCGAGGACAAUAAUAACUCGUCACACUCGAGCAUGCAGUACGCAUUCCGUGUGACGUGUGACCCGUCGUACUUCGGAUCGGGAUGUGCCAGUCUGUGCCGGAAACGCGACGAUCAGUUUGGCCAUUACACCUGUUCGCCGACGGGCGAGCGCAUUUGCCUGGCCGGUUGGCAGGGAGACUACUGCACUGAACCCCGCUGCACUCCUGGAUGCGACGAGAAACACGGACACUGCAGCAAGCCUAACGAGUGCAUUUGCCAAUCCGGCUGGAAGGGUGCCCUGUGCGACGAGUGUGAACCCUAUCCGGGAUGCAUACACGGGACCUGCAAGAAGCCCUGGGAGUGCCUCUGCAACGAAGGCUGGGGUGGAUUGUUCUGCAAUCAGGAUCUGAACUUCUGCACCAACCACAAACCGUGUCAGAAUGGAGGAACUUGCUUCAACACCGGACAAGGUUCGUACACUUGCCAGUGUCCUCCCGGCUACAUCGGAACAGAUUGCGAGACCCGAAUCAGCGACUGUGCGGCCAUGCCUUGUCUGAACGGAGGAGCGUGCCACGACGAUAAGGAACGCCACCAUUAUAGGUGCGAAUGCAUGAAAGGAUGGAUCGGGACGCACUGUGAGAAGGAAACCGUCACUUGCUCGGAGAAACCCUGCAUGCAUGGCACGUGUAAGGAUACGAGCUUGGGGUUUAAGUGCGAAUGUCCGAUUGGCUACAGUGGGAUGGCCUGUGAAGUUCAGGUCGACGAAUGCAAUCCAAGUCCUUGCGAGAAUGGCGGCACUUGCUUUAACAAAGGCGAUUCGUUUGUGUGCCAAUGUCCCAGCGGAUAUAGCGGUACUCGAUGUGAAGUGAAUAUCGACGAUUGCCAGGGUAAUCCGUGCAUGAAUGGUGGAUCGUGUGUCGACAUGGUCAAUCAAUUUCGCUGCCAGUGCGUACCAGGUUUCAUAGGGUCUCUAUGUGAAAAUAAGGUAGAUUUGUGUCUGACAAAGCCCUGCGCCAACGGAGGUACGUGCAUCAACCUGAACAACGAUUACCGAUGUAACUGUCGGCCCGGAUUCACUGGAAAAGAUUGUAGCGUUGAUGUGGAUGAGUGUAGUUCUUCACCGUGUAAGAAUGGCGGAACAUGUGUUAACAGAGUGAACAGUUUCCAAUGCGUCUGCGCUGGAGGCUUCCGAGGGUCGACUUGUGACGAGGAGGCUUUAUCGGCCAGUUGGGACUCGGCUACGGGGAGUAUAUCAGCUCAUGUCGCAAGUGGACACCAUGAAGCUCAAAGUGGCCGAAGUGACGGCCUCAGCAGUGGACAAAUUGUGCUGAUUGCUAUAUUUUCGGUCGCAACGCCUUUGGCCGCUUUUAUUGCAACAGCUGUGGUAAUCUGUAUGAAACGCAAACGCCGACGUGAGCAGGAGAAAGAUGACGCUGAAGCACGAAAGCAAAACGAGCAAAAUGCUUCGCAUAUGACGCACCACCAUCACCAUAAUUCCAUGUCUUCGUCGAAAAGAAGCAGCAACAGCGCCCUCACCAACCUGGACACAUCGCAUCAUAUGAUCAAAAACACCUGGGACAAAAGCGUUAACAAUAUGGCCACUUCAGCCAGUUUAGACGAGGGCUGUCUAAUGAAUAGUAGUUUAUACGGCGGAAUUCCCGGCGGUUAUGGUGAGACACCUUCUGCUAGUAGCGAGCAAUGCUACCAGGCAGCAGCAGUUCCUACUACCUUGCAACGUGCCAAAUCUCAAAAACAACUCAACACCGACCCAAUGGUGAUGCACCGGGCGUCGCAAAUGAUUGCUGGAGGAGCCAUCGGGGGAGGAGCACAAUCGUCGCAACUGGCUGCUGGCGGCUCGACUGGUGCAGCUACUCCUACUACCUCAUCGACAGCAGCAGCGGUCAGUACCAAAGAAAUGCUGCUGGAAAAACGGAUAUCCGUUCUUUCCGAUGCCAGUUUAUGCAACACUCGGUGGAGUAGCUCUCAGCAGAACAGGCAGAUUGUCGGCCCAUGCAGUCCGCCGCACGUGUAGGAUUUUAAAUUAUUAACAACUUUUUUUUUGAAAUAGAUCUCCCGCUUAUCACCUAAAAGUACGUGCAAGACGUAUUCUUUGUAACUAAAGUUAACUUUAAAUUAUUUUCUUUUAUAUUGCACUAUUUAGAACAAAUCAGUGAAAUUACUACAAGAAUGAAUUCGUUAAGUUCGUUUAGGAUUCCAAAGCACGUUGUAAAAAACUACAAUAUAUUCAAAUUUUACUUAGCUGGUCAUUGAUUGAACAUAUAGAAUUUAUGAAUUGUAAAUCUUGAAUUAUAUUUAUCAAACCGACCAAGCAUAGAAGCUUUCACUAAAAACGAUUAUGAGGGAAUGAGCUUGUUUUUAGAAAACCGAGAUUCGGACAGAAAUAAAGUUAAAUCUACCUGUAACAACCCUUUGUCAUAUCACAGAGUACUCGUGUGUCAAAAAUAUGAAACCUUACGAGCCUCGCGCCCCCAAUUCCGAUUUCCGCAUCGGAAUGGAUCUCGAUUAAUUCGUUUUUUUUUUAUACUUAUUACAUCAAUUCCAACUCUAAUUGACAAAGCUCCAGUCCAUGGCCAGUUCUCAACGCCCUCAACGUUGGAAAGAUGAUAGAUGUUGACCUAGGUGUACUCCAAAAAAACACAAUCAACUGUAAAUAUUUUUUAGCAGUAAGAUCAUUUAAACUCUUUUUACCAACACCUUGAAAACGAAGAGCAUCAUUUUUAUUAAAUUUUCCUAGGGUUUUAAAAUCAGUUUUGUAAAGGGUAUUUUGACUGACGUAGAAAAUACGAAACAGAACACUUGUAGGAUGAAAUCAGCCAUAUCAGGAAGCCUUACGAAAGGUCGUUUUUUUGCAUUUUGGCACUCUGUGCAGCGUUUCAAAAGUUUGGAACCCUCUCUGUAACAUUCUUCAUAUGACGAUCACUUCACAAAUGCCUACGCUGGUAAAACCGAACUGACAUUGAAGCACAUAUUUGCACAGAAGGGCAUGUUAUCAUCCUAGAAUAGAAACAACUUGAAGUAAACUCAAUAGAAUCAAGCGUUAAACUAUCGGAGUUCUGCUAUGCAGGAUUCGCAAUAUUUACAAAGGUGGUGAUUUUUGUACAUAGUAUUUACAUAUUUAUUUACGACCCUAUUCUCUCUAUGCGAUUGUAAUUUAGGCUAACCAAAACUUUCAUAAAUAGCUUAUGCUAACUGCAAAUUGUCAAAUGACAAUCGCACUGUUAGCCAAGCUAUUUUUGAUGCAUGUUUUCAAAUCCAAAUCAUAACCUCCCUGGUCAACGUGCUGGGUCCUGGCGGGACACAGCAUGUUGAAACAAGGAAGUUUCGAACUCACUGAUUUAUUAAAAUUCCACUGCCAUAAUCAAAUUUUAUGAUUAGUCAAUUCAUAAAAAUCGUCUAUCCUUUCCAGGACACAUUUCUAUCACUAGCCAGGUAACAACAAGCAAUAUAUCGGGCCAAACUCCUUAUAUACGGCCGUAUAUCAGCACUUUAACCCGAUAUAUGGCAUAAUGGCUACCUGAGUUACCUAUAAUCAUCUGAUUUCUAUUUACUCUCUAUGUACGUAUUUAAAAAAACCUUGUAUCCAAAUUGAAACGCAAGCCUAUAGCCAGUCAUAUCCAACUAUAUAUUUAUGAAAAAAAACUCAUGACAGCUUUGAUCAUGAUCAUGUUUUAUGGUCAACAGCCUAAAUGUGAUACCCGCUAUUUCUAUAUUGAUUGCGACAUUUCUAUCGGAAACGGAGAAAAAAAAUGACGGUGGCCCUCACAUGACAAGCGAUAAUGAUACUUAUUGUAAGCUAUUCUCCCGCAUCUUUGUUUUCACGGUAGGAAAAGAAAAACAACGGAUAAAAGUAUUGUGAUCCAUACUUAAUUUUAACACAAACACCCUAGCGCGUAAGAUAUUCGUUACAAGUAAGUGUAUUCGAACAGUUUGAAUAAAAUAGAAACAAGAAAAUGAAGAACUAAGUCAAAUGAAUAGUUUACAUGUUUUUGUAAAUUCCUACUUUUAUAAUAUAUUGAACAAAUUGACUGAAUUAAAAUUGAUUUAUAAAUAAAAUUCACAAUAAGUGCAAAAUAUA